UCGUGAUAAAUGUGAGUCACUACACAUUCAUCCUGUAUCAUGCAUCAUUACGAUGGCACCACUUUCGUUACUUGAAGGUUGGGCUUUAUUAGACACAGUGUGGCUAAACUCAAUUCAAAUCUAAAAAUAUCUUGAUUUGACCGCUUGUGCAAAACCUUACGAAUUGUCGAAGUUACGCACCAAUCGUUUUACGAUGGUUUGACCUUCAACCUCCUCAGUGGACGGUACUUUUGAAGGGUUGUCAAAAAAUCAAGGCAGCAUACCAUCUAACGGGUCGCUUCGUGUUAUCCGUGUACAGAAUCUCCGCUUUCACUUCAGUUCUGGAGGGUCGUGAAAACUGAGGUGAGGUGGUUUUAAAUAAGUAUCUUCUGAAUUGUCUCGUAAAAUUGAUGUAGAUGAUGGUUUCAAAGUAUUUCAGUGACAUUAAUAUCCUCGCCCAGUGAAGUAGAGAAAAUUGAAGUCCUGUAAGGCAGACGUACUGGCCGGAACUCCAUGAUAACUCAUCUUUUGUCUGAUACAAUGGUAGUUUAGUUUGUAAGUCGCUCACCAAUCAAUUAACAUCUGAUUGUCAAGCCUAAUUUCCGACAUUGUAUUGCCUCCCCCACAAAAUGAUGUGUGGUACUUCUAUUCAAUGAACCAUCUAACUUGUCGUUUUUGGAUGAAGAAAAUUUCUGGAAUUAAUUUGCAGUUCUCUAAACGCUAUUCAAAUAUCAGUGACUUUAGAAGUGUACUUUCUAAGUCACACAAUGUUCUGGUAUUGACUGGUGCUGGUAUAAGUGCUGAAAGUCAUGUUCCAACCUUUAGAGGAUCAGGUGGAUUAUGGAGGAAUUUUUCUUCCCAGGAUCUUGCUACACCCGAUGCAUUUCAUUCACAUCCUGGUUUGGUUUGGGAGUUUUAUCAUUACCGUCGUGAAGUCGUCCGUCGUAGAUGUCCUAAUGCUGGACAUAUAGCUCUUGCCCAUGCAGAGAAACAAUACACUGAAUGUGGUCGCUCAUUCUUUGUCAUUACACAGAAUGUGGAUGGCCUUCAUGCCAAAGCAGGGAGUGUUAAUGUAUUGGAAUUACACGGAAACCUUUAUAAAACACAAUGUUUAAAGUGCAGUGACAUUCAAGUGAAUUUUGACAGUCCGAUAUGUGCAGCAUUACUUGGUCGCGGUUCACCAAUCGUUGAGAUUAUUCCAUACAAGCCAAUUCCUGCAUCUCAGUUACCACGUUGUCAAAAUCUUAUUAACAGUAAUAUAUGUGGUGGACUGCUACGACCACAUGUUGUUUGGUUUGGAGAAAAUCUUGAACCACAUAUCCUUUCUAAAGCUGAUGAAAUAGUUCAGAAAGCUGAUGUUUGUCUGGUUGUUGGUACUAGUUCUGUUGUUUAUCCCGCUGCAAGUUUUGCUCCAUCUUUAGCCAACCGUGGAAUUCCUGUCGCUGAAAUCAAUGUAGAAGUUACUCCAGCCACUCAUUUAUUACAAUACCAUUUUCAAGGAAAAUCUGGUGAUAUUCUACCGAAACUAUUUGAUUCCUUAGCCUUAACUUAGUCGAUAUGAUAAUUAAAUAAUGCUAUUUUUGUAUGUAUCUACCUUCAACUUCAUUUAUUUGUUUUGUAAUCUUUGUUUACGUUGAAUCUUUUGUAUAGUCUAUUCUAAUUACACUUUCUAUUGAGAUAUCAGUUGGACAAAAAGAAAGAAAUCAGCAUAUCAUAAGAUUAUUUUAUUGUGCUUUCUUUUCAGAGAAGUUCGCACCAAUGUGGCUGUUAUUUUUUGUCUAUUUCAAACAGAUUAUAUCUUUUGUUUUGUUCCCAGAAGUCAUAUAUGAAAGAGAACUAUACUUUUAUCGGAAGGGGGGCUUCCUAUUCCUUUUUCAUCAGCCGAGAUUUUCAGCUUAAUUUGCUUUUUGUGCUGUAAAGCAAGAUGUCACCUGGCCCCUUCCUAAACGGUAAUAUUUCAGUCGCAAUUUCAUUUAUUUGUUUGAA